UCAUCUUUUUAUUUUUCCAGUCGGACAACAUUAGUGUGCGUGCGCAUCCUGAACAAUGGAGGCAGUUAACUUGUUUGAGUCCUCGGUGAACUUUAUGGACUUUAAACUUUCUAAAACUGAGUUACUGAGAGGAAUCGUUACCGAGAAACUGACGACGGCAGCGCGGGAAAUCUUCGCGGUUGUCGAGAGAACCGUAUCCGGUUACGAGGAGGAGGCGGCGGGUCUGAGGCAGGAGAUCGACCGGCAGAGGAUCCAGCUGGAGGCUAUCCUGCAGCCUCGAGUCUCUCUGUGUAGGAUAGAUGAAUCUGACGAUGACGAGGAUGAAGGAGGUGAACUGCGAGAUGAGGAAGAGCAGCAGACGCACGUGGACGCCUCAGACAGCUGGGGCGACUUUGUCCCUGAUGAAGACGAGGGUGAAGACGAGGGGGGGGAGGAGUCUGCUGAGGAUCCUGUGAGGAGCUCCAGUCUAGAUCCUGGAUCCAUGAGGGACCCUGGUCCUCAAAGAGCCAGUACAAGUGGUCGAUGUUUGAAGAGUCAGAGCAGCACGCGGGCUCCUAUAAACCUCAAAGUCUACCUGCUGCAGGACGCCCAGGACAACGCCCAGGACAACGCCGUCUCUGAACACGCUGUUGAUUUAUUCCAGACAUCAGAGCGGCCGAGUCCUCCGACCAGGAACCACCAAACCACCGAGGACACCGCCGGCCGUCUUUCAAGCUCUCACGUGCGUCCUGUCGGAGGAGCGGAGAGCAAAGCAUCGGGUCGACAUCAAGUGAAGAGCGAGGAAGACUGGGAGCUCGUUUCCCUUUCAUGUGCAGCUGAUAGAAACCAGGAAGAGGAGGAGCUUAAACAAAACAUCCACGAGCAGCUGGAGACACAAGUCAAAUCAAAGAGAAGGAAACGCAUCCAGUCGCCUCUGAUGGCAGCGGCUGAUGGCGGCGGCGUUCCUCUGUCGUGUAAAGUGUGUAAAGUUUUACGCGGCUCUCUGAACAUGUUGAUCAAACACUCGUGGAGUCACGUGGAGGAUCCAGAGAGACUGUGUGGAGUCUGUGGAGAACAGUCAGAGAGUCCAGAGGAGCUGAGGACUCAUCUGGAGAGUCACAAGAAAACGUUCAGCUGUGACGUCUGUGGGAAGAACUUCCUGUCUAACCGCGGCCUCCGCUCCCACGCUCCCCUUCACACGGGAGAGAAACCGUACGAGUGUGACAUCUGCAAGAAGACGUUCGCGAUAGAGAGAACUCUGAAGAGUCAUCGCCUGGGACACGUGGAGGAGAAACCACACAAAUGUCACGUCUGUCAGAAGUCGUUUGCGUUCAAACAGCUGCUGAUGAAUCACAGCCGGAGCCACACGGGCGAGAAGCCGUACACCUGCGACCUGUGCGGGAAGUCGGUCUCGGAUUUCCGAUCUUUAUCCCGACACAAGAUGAGUCACUCCGGGAGGAAACGUUACAGCUAUCCGUUUUUUUAACUGAGAAGCUGCAAAAUGUUGGAAAGUUCAAACGGAGCGAAACAGCUGAAAGCAGGAAGUCUUUGUUCCUUCCUGUCUGCACGAUAAUCAAAAGUCUCGUCUGUUGAAAAGAACAUUUCAACAACGUUUAAAGUUUACGUAGUUCUCUCUCUCUCUCUCCGAUGUUUCAACACUAGGUGUCAGAUUACAUUGCUCCUUUAAGGGUCCUGAACAGACAGUCCAGUGCUGCACACUGAUGUUCUUUUCACCUUUGUCACCACCAGAGGGCGCCAAAGUGUUUAAAGGAAAUAAAAACUAGAUCUCAUCUUUAUCUGUGGCUCCUGUUCUGAUCUGUGAAGAAUAUGUUCCCCCUGCUGGCCUCUUAGCCGUUCUGUUCCUGCUGCAGCCACUUUUACUGAGGGGACCAAACUGGGGGUUGUUUUGUCAGAGAGGAACAUUAAACUCUCGUGAAAAAAGAAAAUGAUGCCAGAAAACAUCUUUAAAAACAUGAUUUAUAUUACUUUCAGUAUUUAAUAUUAGAUUGUGAGUCACUGUGUAUGUGUUAUUAGGGGGGGGGUCUUCCUUUUGGAGGGGGGGCCACAGGGGGGACCCUGUUGGCCCCUGCUGGCCCCCUGUUGGCCCCUGUUGGCCCCUGCUGGCCCCCUGUUGGCCCCUGCUGGCCCCCUGUUGGCCCCUGCUGGCCCCUGCCUUAAAUUUAAUAGAAAAUACAAAAUGAAGACAAAAACAUCAAACUGUUUAAAGUUUAGUUUUCAGGCUGCAGGACUUCAGUUCCCCCCACCCCAACUCUGAAAGUUUCCUCUUGUUGCUAGGAGCGGCAGCCUCUCUCAGCGCGUCCUCUGAUUGGUCCACAGCCCAUCACCUCGAGCCAAUCAGAAGCCAGUGCGUCCGCCAUGAGAAUCCAUAAUGUGUCCCUCUUUUUGUUUUUAUUAUCUGUAAUUCUUAAGAAAUGAACGAGGAGAUCAUCAGAGACCUUCAUCAUGGAUUUCUGUUUUCAUCAUCAUCAUCAUCAUCAUUAUUAUUAUUAUUUAUUUAUUUAUUUAUAAAUAUUAUUUCUUAAUGAAAAACAAA